CUGCACAGGAGAGAGAAGGAGGACAGUUUGAGAUAGAGGUUUGCUGGAAAAGGCAGGUACAGUCACAUCCUGCUGGCAUGCAAAAAGAUAAGGAGGUGGGAAGUGACUGUGUGUCUUGUGUAAGGGCGAAAACCUUAUCAGGGAGGUGGUAUUGUCAUUCAGCCAGAGCAGGAGGAGGGGUCGACGGACGAGAGUUGGGGAGGGAGGUACAGAAGGAAAAGGAGUGGCCUUCUGUAGAUAGUCGCCCUCUUUGCCGGAGUUUAAGUCCUCUCUUCUCAGUGGCAGCUUGCAGGAGGGAAAACAGAGAAACAAACCAGAAGUGUUAAGAUACAAAGCAGGGAAGGAGAAAGGAGAGAAGACUUCAAACCACUGUUUCUCCCAGACUGUAUUUGGGUUAUAGACAAUCAUGGCAUCAGCAGCUUCACCAAAAAGGAUGGUGUCCUCGGUCUUCAUCACCCUGGCGUCUCCCUACCGAGCCACUGUAACACAGCAACAACCCACCCUCCAAGCUCACAGUGCCCCAGCUAGAGACCAGCAGCACACUGCUGUACGAGUCAACCCAAGUGACAGCAUCCCCGCCCUCCGACAGAAAAAAGAGGACCACUCGCCUGCUGAGAUCUACAGCAGAGUAGACAAGAAAGGCCGGACUCUUGCAGGGGACUCGGCUCGAGCCUCAGAACCUCAGAGUCCCAAAACUGUCCCACCUGGACCCAGCAGAGGAAAGCUGCAAGAGGACAAAAACGACAGGGGUGCUGCAGAGUUCAUCCCUCCUCCUCCUCCUCCUCCUGUCGUACUGCCUUCAUCUCUGGGACCAUUGCUGUCUGAAGAUUCAGCACCUCCACCACCUCCCUCUGCCCAAACACCUCUCUCCCACCCUCCGACCCCAGGCCAGCAGCCAGUUUACAACAGAGAGGUGGAAACAAGCACACCAUCUAGUGGGUUAAAACAAAAUGAACAAUCCCGAGGGAUCCACACAAAUGACCAAGACAUGGGUGAGAAGAAUAAAGAGGUGUGCGGCUUCUGUCGGAAGCCCGUGGCUCCUUCUGAACCUGUGAUAGAGGCCUUAAACAGGAAUUACCAUGACGGUUGCUUCCAGUGUAGAUCUUGUCACAUUCCUCUGGCUGGUAAACAGUACUACAACAAGGCAGGAAUCCCACUCUGUGAAGACUGCUACCAGGCCAGUCUUGAACUUUGCUGGGCAUGCGGUGAGGUUAUCAAAGAUCAUGUGAUCCGCGCACUUGAGCGAGUAUACCACCUUUCUUGUUUCACCUGUGCAACAUGUAAACAGCAAAUUGGAGAGCAAAGCUUUGCACAGGGAGAAGUUGGAGAAGUUUACUGCCUCCAGGACUACUACAGGAAGUAUGCUCCAAUGUGUAGCGCCUGCAACCAGCUAAUCAUUCCCAAAGAAGACGGUACUGACAGCUAUACUGUUGAAUGCCUGGGACGCUCCUACCAUGAGAACUGCUACAGAUGUGAGGUCUGCGUCAUCCAGCUCUCUCCUGAACCAAAUGACCACGGCUGCUAUCCUUUGGAUGGGAGGAUGCUUUGCAAAUCUUGCCAUCUGACCCUGGUUUCUGGCCAGCACUAACACUGGCUUUAUAGCCCGGGAUAAACUGCAACCAAAAUGCUAUACAUAUCUUUUACCAAUAGAAUAAUAACUAAAUAUGGUUAUUCUUACAUUAUAUCAUGCUUUCUGAAGAGCCUCUUGUUCUUCUUUUGUACUUGAUAUUUUUGCACUCAAUAAACACAACAAAAUGCACCGAAUAUAUUUAUGCAAAAACAUUUGGCAAGAAUUUUUUGAACUUCUUAUUUGAACAGUAUACUGUCUCUCAAUCAUGUUAAUCCUUUGCAUAAAAAAACCUUUAUAUGAAAAACCUUUAUAUAAAAAUGAACUAAUAUAUUUUAUCUCCAGUCAGCCUCCAAUUAUAUAUAACAUUUGUUAAAUUACACACACAAACUAUCAGUACUUAUUAGGAUGUGAAAAAUACAUUAAAAUUUCAUUCACAAGUAUGACUGUAUAACGUGUAAAAUUUUAGUAAAAAUAUAAAAUGCACUGUUAAGCACAUUUAAGCCCAAGUGCAGUUUUUGAUCAUACUGGCAGGCCAAAGACCACCACCAUCAUCAUCAUCAUCAUCAUCAUCAUCAUCAUCAUCAUCAUCAUCAUCAUUUUGCUAACCUGCUCAGGUAAAGCAGGUAAAGAAAAUAACCUCCAGGCCGCUCAACACCUUAACUACAAGAACAAAUUAGCUCUGCUCUCUCACAACACCCUCUACCUAAGGUAGCUAAACAUCUGUGUUUAGAAAAUGUAAACACCAAAUUUUAAUACUGACUGAAAUUAGACGUUUUAUAAAAUAGUGUGUAUCAAUGUGUAACAGAGCAAAGUAACACACCACAAAUGACUCAUAAUGGACCAAAGCUUCUGAAUGUGAUGCUUACAUCUUCAUUUAUAUUACAUGCAGAUCUUCACAUGGAUUUGAAAUUACAAUAUAAAGUUUCAUUCUGACCAUAUGAAUUAUGUUGCUAUUUAUGUCGUGUAUCUCAAAAUUGUUUCUAGAAUUUAUGUUUAUCAAAAACAUGUAUUAAAACUUUUUUUCUGGAAAAUGUUAUGUUGUUAUUCCUCAUGCUUCAGUUUUUUUUCUCUUUCUCAUGAGAUAAUGUUGAAAUGGUUUGCUUCCCUGCUGUCUUUUCUGUCUGGUCUUUAAGUGGUCCAAGAUGUACACGUUUGACUUUUUGUGAAAUUGGAGAAAAAAAAAUCAGUUCAAGCCAAGCUUAAAAAGUCUGAUUCAGGCAAUUCAUAUUCAAAUUCAUCCAUAAUAUAUUAUUUCCAUCAAUGUGCAUUUUUGCACAAAUUGAACAGAAUAACACCUUGCUGCAAGAUGAGCAUUUCAUUUUAAUCUAAGAAAACAAAUCUGCUCAAUUCACAUUUCCCGCUGAUCUAUAUGAACUGUGUGGCUGCUCUGGACAUCAAUCUGACAGCUGCUGAGUCAAAAACAUACCUGUGGCAGCUACAGGAUUUUUGAAAUAAGGAGGCCAACAGAGGCUUCAUGUUGAAUGAGGGUGGCAAUCUGUUUUGGUGUGAGUGCAUAAGGCAUUCUUUUUUUUUUUAAAUGCAUCUUUAUUUUGCUACCUAUACUUUUAUAAUGAGGUUUGUAAGAACAACUUGACAGCCCACUUGCCAACACCCACCCAGAAAUUUUGGGGAGGCUUCUGGGUUGGCCAAUCAAGUUCCAGGCGUGUGUCAUGUUUUGUGUUUUGAAUGUCUUGUGAUUGUGUGUUUCUGUGUGUUGGCCAGUCCUCCAGUGGGUGGGGUGGUU